ACUCACACGGUAAUAGUGACGGAGUAGAAACAAACCCAGAAGUAGAAGAAUCAUAGACGACCACAGAACCUCCGUCGUCGCCAAUCAAAGAUGGUGCUUCUCCACCACAAAGUCCCUUCCCGUAAAAGACCCUCCUCCUCCGUUCCCCCCUUCCUUCCCCCCAAAAUUACCAAAUCCACCCAACCCCCCCAGCAAAACAGCGUCGCGGAAGCCCCGGCAAUAGACAAGAUGGUGUCGGUUCUAGCAGAGGCCGGGUGCACCCUCAUCAACCCGGCAGGGCCGCCAUGCCUCCCCGCCGACCCCAACAAGUUCCGCCGCCACCUUCACCGUCUCUUCUCUUCUUCCGAAAAUGCCCCUGCUCUCCGCUCCGAUUUCCUUUCCGGCUUAUCUUCCUACAUUCGUACCCCCCAUAAUCUUCGCAGGGUUCUCACCCCUACGAAUAAAGAUGGUUUUGGUUCCACCAGAAGCGAGAGCUUUGUCAGACAUCUCUUGCUGGUACCAUCUAUCCAACUAGACAUUCAGAGCAUGCUUCUCGAGAAAAUUCCUGAAUAUUUCGAUGUAAUUCCAGAACAUUUGGGAACAUCUUUGUCGUUGGAAGAUGAUGUCGCUAGGCUUAUCAUUAAUCAGUUCCGAUGGCUUGAUUUUAUGGUCGAUCCCAAUGUCUUCACUGAUAAAUUGAUGCAAGUCCUAUCGAUUUCCCCUUUACACUUAAAGAAAGAGAUAAUUGGAUCAUUGCCGGAGAUUAUUGGUGAUCAAAACAAUAGGACUGUGGUUGAUGGCCUUGAACAAAUGCUUCAAGAGGAUUCCUCUAUCAUUGUACCGGUGCUUGACUCCCUUUCGAACCUUAAUUUGGACGAUCAGUUGCAAGAGCAGGUUACCACCAUUGCAUUAUCAUGCAUCCGAACAAUUGAUGCGGAGCACAUGCCAUAUCUACUUAGGUUUCUGCUGCUUUCAGCGACGCCGGUAAAUGUUCGGAGAAUAAUCUCACAGAUUCGUGAGCAGUUAAAAUUUGUUGGACUGUCAAAUUCUCGUGCAUCACAGCACAAUAAACUCAAAGGGAAGUCACUAGUAAACAACACGGAGGCUUCUAUUCUUGAUGCAUUAAGAUCAAGUCUACGAUUCAAGAAUUUGCUAUGUCAGGAGAUUUUGAAAGAAUUGAAUUGCCUUGAGAAACCUCGGGAUCACAAAGUAAUUGACAUAUGGCUACUUAUGCUCAUAUAUAGCAACAGUGAGUCCCUGCAGAAGAGCAUUGAAAAGAUGUUCAAGAAGAAAAUUAUUGAAGAUUGCAUCGAGGAAGUAAUGCUUGAUCAGUGCAUUUGUGGAAACAAGGAAUUGGUACAGGACUAUUUUCCUCUGUUUCUUUCGUUGUCUGAGUACUUGUUGGCUUGCAAAGAACAAAAAGCAAGGGAGUUUGGCAUUCACAUGUAUACUCGUCUGUUUGAAGAGUUCAUUGACACUUAUUCAAGACAGGAAGUUCUUGGUGCACUGGUUACUCAUGUUGGAUCCGGUGUUAGUUUUGAAGUGCAGUCUGCUUUGGACACUAUGGCUCUGCUGGCCUCCAAAUAUGCACAAGAUUUGAUUCCUCUUUCUUCUCAUAUGAAUGGUAUUUUGGAUUACUUGGAGGGAUUUACUGUUGAACAUCUGCACAAGGUUUAUGAGGUUUUUGGCCAUUUGGCACUCUCAGCUCGAUCAAUUGCAGAUUCAUAUGGAUCUUCGAUUGCAAAUGAAGUAUUGAUGAUAAUAAGGAAGCAGGUAAGCAAUCCAGAUCUGAAGUACAAGAAGAUGGGCUUAAUUGGAACUCUAAAGAUAGUUUCCUGUCUUGGAGGUGCAAAUAGUGUUUCCUAUGCAUCUGCAUCUCAGAAACCAAAUUGGGAAGAGGCUUUGGAACUCUUGAAAACAUCUCUGUACUCUUGCAAACAGUUGUCAUUACCUUUGAUACUAUUUUAUGAUGAACUGACUGCAAUGUUGUACCACAAAACUCUUCAUCCAUCAAUUAUGGAAUGGAUAGGGAAACAUGUAGGAGAGUUCGAAUCUGUUUUUCUGUCUGAUAUUGAAGGUGGGAAAUUGUCUUCUGAGGAAUCAUAUUGUGGUUUAGAAGGCGAAUUGUGGAUGAACUUGGAUGGUGACAUAUCUCCUGUUUGUUUGAACAUUUUGCCAUUGACUUCCUCUUCCCUGCAGUCAGCUUCUUUACAAAUUCUUCCGGCUAACUUCCUUUUACUAUCAGCUACCGAGAGGUUGACAAAUCAAGGAUCUCUUGGAGGAAUUGACGCAUUACUUGGCUGCCCAUUGCACCUUCCUUCCUCUAAGUACCUUUCCGGAGCUGGCUGGAAGUCUUUGACCGGGAAGCAGAAACAGAUUGUGUCCCUCUCUCUCUAUUAUGCAGCAAAUUGGAUACGGGAACUGCUUAAUGCCUUCUGUACACAAGUAGAAGGAAGAAUUGCAUGUACAAGUCAAGCUACAAAUGAGGAUACUGUUUGCAAGCUAUUGAAGCGUUUGAGGAACCUUGUAUUUUUGGAUAUCUUGUUGAACAAUUCCAUUGAGCGGUGCUCUAUAUCUCUACCUGAGCUUCAUUUUUAUGUUGAUCAUUUUGGAACUCCACUCCUAAACCAAACCAACCAUAUGGGGCAUGUGGAAAAGAAUGAGCAUAAGAGAACACAAGACAGCAUGUCACCAAAAAAAAAUAGGAGACGUAAAAAGAUAUCAAGAGCCUCAAGUUCAGAUACUAAUGGGAAACUCAAACAGCCCACAAUAUUGGAUGUGUUGAAGAAAGCGGGAGCUUUGACUAGUCAAGAGGUGCCAAAUGAGGAGUCUGUUGAUCUAACUUCACAUGGAAGGACAUCUAAUUCAGCAGAUCCAAAUCUCUGUGACUCUGAUGAGCCUGUAAUUAUAGAAGUUUCUGCAGUUACCAAGGCUUUGGAAGCGCAGAGAUUCAAGUUCAGGCCUCUUCUGGUGCAAUGCUUUUCAAUUUUGACAUUUUCAGAGAAUCAAGGUUCCUGUUGCUCUGAUCCAGCUGCAGAGUUACCUCUAUAUCUAUACCUUCUGCGGGAUCUUCACUACAAGCUGGAUUAUUUCACUCCUGCUAAACAAUUCUUGUCGAGAAGCUCCAGUCCUCCAGCUGGUUUCACCAGGAUGACAGUGGAUGAUUUCUUGAACAAAAUUAGAUCACUCUUUCCCAGUCUUAAGAAGCAUCUUGACAAUGCAGUUUGUAUCCUAAAAGAAAGUGAUGAAACUUGUCAAGAACAUUGGAAAGUUCAGUCUGCUUUUGCCGAGAACCCCAAUGUACCCAAUCUUGGACUUUCAAGAUCUGCAGUUUCUACAUUUGUUUUCAAAGAAACAGUUCAUUGUUUCAGUAAGAUGCUAAAUCUUUCUUCUAUUCAGAGAGACAAAGCAGUUCUCUCAGAUCUGCUUGAAGCCUUCCAGCCCAUCAAGAUACCGGAUAGUGUUUUAUCAGACAUUCCGCCCAACAUUUUGCCUGGGACUGUCGAAUAUUUAUAUUUAGGUGCUUAUUCAUAUAUAGAAGGUGUUUUGAACAUAGUAUGCUCCUUUUGCUUUACACUGGCAUCAGAAUCUCUUCUUACCCUAGAAUCAAUUAUAAACUCCUUCCAGAAAUUUCUUGAUAAGUUGGAGGAAAAUGGUAAAAACAUACAUUCAGAAUUUAUCCUCAGGGCCCUUCCUACCUUGCGAGGCAGACUUGGAGCUUCUGCUCAGAAGCUUUUAAGGCAUAACUGGGAUAACAGCCAACUUCAGAGUAGUUGGAAGAGCAAAGGAGAAAUGGUACAGAAGGUAUUGCACAUUUACUUGGAAAGUAGCGAGUCACCUUCUGAUGUGCUGGAUGAGCUGGCCUGCUCUAUCUUACCUCAGGUUUCUUCAUCAAAGGAAGAAGAUGCUCAUCAUGGUUUCCUAGCUCUAUGUUCUGCAACAUUUGUUGUGUGGUACAAAGUACUGCAUGAAGUGAAUCUUUCUGUUCUUAACAAAUUGGUUAAGGAAGUUGUUCUCUUAGAGAAGAAACCCAUAGCUGGUGUCCAACUUCAAAUUGUUGAAAAACUUCUGAUCGAACUACAACAUUGUGUGAACGUGGUGGUAUCAUUGGUUAACAUGUGCAAAACUCAGAGCAAGGUAUCUGUGCAUGCCAUGGCUGUCAAGUAUGGUGGGAAGUUUGUAGACUCCUUCCUGAAAGUUUUUGACUUCUUACAGGCCCAUUACAACACGUGCAAUGAGAUUAUAAUCCACUUGGUGAAAGAGCUGCAAAAAGCCACAAGAACGAUACAGACCCUAUGUUCUGAAGCAAAGGGCUUGAAACAGACAAUUAUCACCAGCAAAAUCCCUGCUACAAAGAGAUCUAUGGAACGCUUUUUGUUCUGUGUCAAGGCUCUUCUCCAUACGACAUCAAGUGGAUGCUCUUUCUGGAUGGGGAAUCUAAAGCAUAAAGACUUGACAGGGCAAGUGGUGAGCUCCCAGGUGUAUGUGGAUGAUCAAAAUAACAAUGUUGAAGAAAAUUCAGCUGAAGCUAUUGAUGAUGAUCAACCUGCCAUUGUUUCCAGCGAAGAGGACAGAGAAGUAGAGUAAGAAGUGACUUGGUCUCUUUAAAGCUUCAAACAUCAUCAUUAACCCUGAAAGCAUGGUGAGUUGAGUAGUCUUGACUCUGAAUAGCAAUCGUCACACUGCUGGGAGGGCCCAUCUUUCUGUUCAAGCUUCUUGUCAAGUGGAUAGCUCAAGUUGAAGAGUCAUGCUGCCCUGGCAGGCCUUUGCUUUAUGAAUUGUAAAUAGUUAUAGCCCUUCAAUGUUAUCAUCUUGGUGAAUUCAUUUUAUUUUAUUUCAUUUUGUUUUGGUUCCUUUGUGAAUAUAAAAACUAGGAAAAAGUCAAUGUACUACCCUCAAACUAUCAUCCGAUUGCAGGGGUGGAAUUAGCAUUUGGAGUUUG